AUGAGCAUCGCGUGUCAGCAAUGUAAAGAAAUAUUGGAGCUCGAUGCCUCACUCGCUGACCUCGCUCCGUCAGCCUAUGACAUGAUUGUCGCCUCCCUACCUCCUUCCACUCCCAAUCGGCCAGAAUCUGAGUCGAUAUCACAACUCAAAGCCACCCAGACCGCCCGAAAUGCAUGGAAGAAGUCCAAGAAGCAACCUAGUCCGUUACCACACGAGUCGUUUGUUCUUCUGCAAGAUAGCGUUGUGCGUAGUAUUCCGUCUCCUUUGCCAUCCCCCAGUUCCAAGAAGACAACAACUCGUACCCCUACUGGAAAAACAACAGCCAAGACGGACGAUGUACCACCCCCUUCUCCAAUAUCGCCUCGUUUGCGCUCAUCUGCUCAUUUGUUCACUCUCCUUUCCUCUCGGACAGACAUCGACCAUCCAUUAUGUGCCGAAUGCACUCACAUCCUUCUUUCUUCCCUCCAAAAACAACUGGACGAAACCAAACGGGAACGCGACGGAUAUAUCGCAUUCGAGAAAGAGGUUCGGAAAGAACGGGAGCGCGAUGCGCAGGGUAUCUCGAAAGAAGAGGCUGACAAGAAGAUUGAGAAACUCAAGCUAGAUGAGCGUCAGACCAUCCAACAACUCAGGGUUGCCGAGCAAGAGCGUGUCCAAUUAGAGGACGAGCUACGUGUAUUAGAACAAGAAGAGAAGGCUCUUGAAGAAGAAGAAGCUCGAUUCUGGCACACCCACAACGAGCAACUACUUGCCUCGGACCAACUUAGUUCGCAGUUAGCGACGAUUCGUGCAGCCUAUGCUGCCGACUCAGCGACACUAGAGAAACUAGAACGGACUAAUGUCUACAACGACGCGUUCUGUAUUGGGCAUGAUGGUGUGUUUGGUACCAUAAACGGGCUCCGCUUAGGAAGAGUUCCCGGUGUCCCCGUGGAGUGGGCCGAAAUAAACGCGGCAUGGGGUCAAUCUCUCCUUCUUCUCUAUACAAUUGCGAGGAAACUCGAUUGCACGUUUGACAACUACCGUCUUGUUCCCAUGGGCUCGUUCUCUCGCAUUGAGAAGACGACAGGAGACAAGGCGAGCUAUGAGCUGUACUCUUCGGGAAACUUGAAUAUGCUGCAACUUCUACAUAACCGACGCUUUGACUUGGCUAUGGUCGCAUUCCUAGAGUGUCUGAAGCAGGUUAUGGACUACAUCAAAUCGCAGGAUUCAAGUAUUGAUUUUCCCCACCAAAUCGUUCGCGACAAGAUAGGCGACGUAUCUAUAAAGCUCAAGUUCAACCAAGACGAUGCAUGGACUCGGUCGCUGCGUCACGUCCUUUUAGCGUUAAAAAUGGCGCUCAAAUGGACGACGAACGGAGGAAAUGGUUAA